UCUCGCGAGAAGAGGCGGUUGCCUUAGCGGAGCCCUUUGGCUGUGUGUGACCGAGGAUCCGCCGCUGGAGCCGCGGAGGGUUUAGUGAGCCCGUUAGUGUCCCUGUGGAGACUCUCGUAGCAGUCAUGUCCCGCUACCUGCGUCCUCCCAACACGUCUCUGUUCGUAAGGAACGUGGCCGAUGAUACCAGGUCUGAAGAUUUACGACGUGAAUUUGGUCGUUAUGGUCCUAUAGUUGAUGUGUAUGUUCCACUUGAUUUCUACACUCGCCGGCCAAGAGGAUUUGCUUAUGUUCAAUUUGAAGAUGUUCGUGACGCCGAAGAUGCUUUACAUAAUUUGGACAGAAAAUGGAUUUGUGGUCGCCAAAUUGAAAUACAGUUUGCACAGGGGGAUCGGAAGACUCCAAAUCAGAUGAAAGCCAAGGAAGGAAGGAAUGUGUACAGUUCUUCACGCUAUGAUGAUUAUGACAGAUACAGACGUUCUAGAAGCCGAAGUUAUGAAAGAAGGAGAUCGAGAAGUCGGUCCUUUGAUUACAACUAUAGAAGAUCUUAUAGUCCUAGAAACAGUAGACCGACUGGAAGACCACGGCGUAGCAGAAGCCAUUCCGACAAUGAUAGAUUCAAACACCGAAAUCGAUCUUUUUCAAGAUCUAAAUCCAAUUCAAGAUCACGGUCCAAGUCCCAGCCCAAGAAAGAAAUGAAGGCUAAAUCACGUUCUAGGUCUGCAUCUCACACCAAAACUAGAGGCACCUCUAAAACAGAUUCCAAAACACAUUAUAAGUCUGGCUCAAGAUAUGAAAAGGAAUCAAGGAAAAAAGAACCACCUAGAUCCAAAUCUCAGUCAAGAUCACAGUCUAGGUCUAGGUCAAAAUCUAGAUCAAGGUCUUGGACUAGUCCCAAGUCCAGUGGCCACUGAUAGUAUAAACCAUGAUAUUUUUAGGCAUGUAUCAUUCAUUUACUCGUAGUUUGGUUUACUUAAAUUAUCAGGAGUACAAUGUUGCAAUGAUGCUUUACAAAACACUUGUCAGUUUUCCCUGUACCAGGCAAUGGUUAUAAUUAAAAUGAUAUGCUGUUGAGAAGCCACUCUUAAGAGUCCAGUUUGUUUAAUGUUAUGGGCAGCUACCAAUUUGUGGUGUCUCUGUAUAUUUUUGUAAAGAUUCUCAUUUUUUAUGCUUGAAGUAUUGGUGAAAAGAUGUUGGUUGACCAUAAUUUGCAACAUUGUCUUAUUAAAAAUAGACUUUCAUAUUCAUAUUUGAUAGGCCUGUUAACCUAGAAGUGUAGCUUGCUAAUAAGAUAGAAUGAUACAAAAGUGAAGUUGUAGCCACAGUACACUUGAGUGAUCCAGAUACAUUUAGGUUCAGGGUGGACCUUUUGUCAAGAUGUCUAGGCCCGUGAUAAUAGUUAAUUUAUGACACAGUGUGGAAUAGUUCUUUUGUUAACCCCACUGUCAUAGGGAAUGAUCACAACUGGAUUAAGUAGCAUUUCCAGGGAGAUCUUGAGUUUUUGACUGAAACAUGGAGCCUUCACUGCUUUUUUUUUUUUCUGGUUUCUAUAACGAUUUGGAACAUAUAUCAGAAAAACUCACCUUAAAAUUUGAGCAGGUCAUUGAUGACAAAAGUCAUUUUGAGGUGAAAAGGAUGCUCUUACGUAGUUACUCUAAACUUUUAGGAACAUUAUACCAUAAUAGCUUAGUUUUCUUGGCUGCUGUUAAAAGCAAGUAAAUUGUUUCAGAGUAAGUUUAUGUGUGCAUAGUGUAAAAGAACUGAAUUUUGAUACUUACAGCACUCGGUGUGUGUGCAUUCGUAUCAAAAUUUGUCUACCUCUUCAUGGAGGCGGCUUGUUCUUCACACCUCAGUUUAUUGAAUGUGAGGCAAGUUGAGAAGCAACACUCCCAUUCUAGGUGAUUCUGUGGUGCCAUGAAAUUUAAAAUAAUUUCAGUAAAAGAACUGACUUUUAAGUACAAGCCACAUCUUUGAGUUUUUGAUUAUCAAUGUAGUACCUGACUAAAACGGAAAAUAAUUCCCUUAACCAAAUACAAUUUCUAGUAUUUCUCUGAGAGGUCAUUUUGGGGACAAUAAAAGUUACCCGAUGCGUCCAAUCUCAUUUCAGAAUAAAAGCUAGCAACUUUAAAACUUUUGGAUUGCUUGCUUGCCAGGUUAUCAGUAACAAAUAUUGUGGAAGAUAACUCCUUUUACAGGAGUGCUUUUUUUUCCUCCAGUUUUGGUUUAAGUAAUCUAGGCCUUGCCUGUAAAGAACAAAAGAUGCUUUCUAAAGACUGUUCGUGGAAUGUGUUUAAAGGAUUGAUUCUAGAACCUUUGUAUAUUUGAUAGUAUUUCUAACUUUCAUUUCUUUACUGUUUUGCAGUUAAUGUUCAUGUUCUGCUAUGCAAUCAUUUAUAUGCACGUUUCUUUUAAUUUUUUAGAUUUUCCUGGAUGUAUAGUUUAAACAACAAAAAGUCUAUUUAAAACUGUAGCAGUAGUUUGCAGUUCUAGCAAAGAGGAAAGUUGUGGGGUUAAACUUUGUAUUUUCUUUCUUAUAGAAGCUUCUAAAAAGGUAUUUUUAUAUGUUCUUUUUAACUAAUAUUGUGUACAACCUUUAAAACAUCAAUGUUUGGAUCAAAAUAAGACCCAGCUUAUUUUCUGCUUGCUGUAAAUUAAGCAAACGUGCUAUAAUAAAAACAAAAUGAAGGAAAUAAUGAUUAACUGGAAUUAUUAUAGUUUUUAAUGAGAUUCUAAAAUAACAAUAGAAACAAACCUUUGUAGAUUUAAGAAUAGUUUUAAUUGGUGUUGCACUAGGCACAACUAACUCUUACUUGGAAGUGAAAGAGCUUGCCAGUAAGGUACAUCUUUUACAUGGUACUUAGAAAUUCCUUGUGUGAUAUGAAAGCCCCUUGGGUUAAAUUACUUAGCAGUGGUUGGUAAUAUUAAGGUAUGUAUUAAAAUGAAAUUUGGGCCAGCUAAUUAUAUUUUCAUUAUUGGAUAGGCCAGUAAUUCUACUAUUCCCCGUCCUAAACAAGACAUGCUAGGCUUAUGUUUAUGGCAUGGUUUAAAUGCUUUUGCAUUGAAUGUGCUGAGCAGUUAAUAAGUGAUAACAAUUUUGGGGAGUUGGUUUAAGUAUUUUGUGGUUUGACUUCUAGCUACUAUACAAUGAUAACAAUUACAGCUGAUAGUUAUUGAGUAUUUAGGAUGUGCCAGACACCAUUCUAAAGGCUUUAUGUGUUAAAGGCUCCAUUUGCUCUUCAAAAACCUUAUGAGAAAGAUACUUUUAUUUUCCCCAUAUCACAGAUAACGAAAUUGAGUGACAAAAGACUGUAAAAUGCAGGUCUAGGAGUUGAGCCCAGGCCUGGUCCUUUAGUAAAUUUUUUUUUCAUGGACUACAAUUGGAGUGAAGUAGAUUCAGGAGAUUGUUCUCAGUCUCUCUAGAAUUAAAUACCACCUUUUUCUUUCUUUCUUUUUUUUUUUCUUUUAAGCCUGUGUCACUUACUUUAACAGUUGACUAUGUUCUUUCUAAAGUGACGUACCUGACAGCUUCAAAAGGACUUUUUUACAUUUGAUCCUGUGAUAGCUAGGAUCCUGUAAUAGCAGUGAGGAUCCUUACACAGUGCUUUAAUUUGGGGUUACAUACUUGAGUUCCAUAAUUCUUGGGAACCUGUGUGUCUGGCACUGUGCUCAGUAUAUUAGAAUAGAACAUCAACUCUCCAGUGAGGGCUGACACUUCACCUCUGUUUUUACAGUUUUGUUUUUGUUUUGUUUUUUUUAAUCAAGUAAGCAAGAAGAAAAAUGACAGAUAAUGCUUCAGUGAGAAAGGAAAGGUGCUACAUAGAGUAUGAGCUGUUAAGUUACAACCCAGGGAAUAGACCUGGAAAGUAUUGUGCUGUUCUCUUGAAAAUUUGGCCCAGUAAGCUGCUACAUCCAGUUCAACUAACAAAAUCCUGUAUACCACAGAGAAGAAUAAAGAAAACCAAACUGACAAACAUCCUUCUUUUAUUUAAGACCAAACUGCAGCUGGAAUACCCAGUACAGUUCUGCUUACUACACUUCAAGAAAGAUCUGAGAAAGCGGAAAAAGAACCAAAGAAGGGCAGUUCAAGCGACCAAAGGGUGGGUGGAAGGUGCUGCAGUAUGAAUACUGUGUGAAUAUUUUGACUCUGGUCUGAAAAGAUAAAAGAAUGUUAUUGAAACUACAUGGAAUAAUUGAAGUCCCUUCAAGUAUGAAAGUAAGCAUUUUAGGACAAAUAAAAGGAAAUUCAGCUUUGUACUUGUGGAAACUAAUCCCUAAAUUUGAAUAGGUUUAUAUUGAUUCAUGGAUAACAGGUCCAUAAUAAAUUACUGGAAACUAGGAUGUCUGAAUAUCAAGGAAGACAGCCAUAGUCUCUUUAACAGUGCCUCUAUUGGUCUGUCUCAAACUGAAUUGGGUGAGAAAAGGUAUGGUCCAGUAUAAACUUUUUCUUGGUUAUCUCUGAAAGUGAGUUACAUUUUUGCUACUGGCAAAUCUUGCCUUUGUUUAUUCCAGUGCCACUGUUUUCUGCUUAAUGGUUUGCUUUGUUGGUAUCUGAGUUUAUUUACCUGUAUGCCAUGUGCGGUUUACAGCUUCCUUCCACACUCAAUCCCAGGUAAAUUCCAAUUAUGAUACUUGACAUCCAGCUAAGAGGUUCCAUCUCUUCUCACCUCUUUCUUAGUCAGUAUAUUCAGCAAACAUUUACUGAGCCCUUACUGUGAGCAAAAAUUGUACUGGGUAAUUGGGGGGAAAUAGAUUAAAAAUUCACUUAUUCAAUAAAUGUCUACUGAGCACAAUCUAGUGAAUAACAUUACAGUAUUGCCUCAUUGUUUUGUUUGAGGUGUAUUGUUUGUGACAAUAUUUUGCACCAUUCAUAUCCAAUGUAAUUAUAAAGCCCAAUAUACUAUCAAAGAUAAGUAAUUUUUGUGGUUACCUGCCAUUUAAAAGUAUCUGGUAUUUAUUUCUGUUUGCAUCCCAUUAAUACAAAUAAUGAGAAAAUGAUGUUUAAUCUGUAAUAAACUGAUUUAUUGUGCAGUGACUGUAAUAUACUAGAAUUAUAUAAAUUGUUAACUCUGCUUCCUCAAACACAUUAGUAGGAGAAAAACCCCUGAAAGUAUUUCAUUUUGCAUUAGAUAUGAAGAACACUGGGUGCUAUAAUUAGAUUAUUUUGAGGCAGACAGAGAGCUGUUAUCCCAACUGACUUAUUAGUAUGUUCUGUAAUUGAGAAAAUGUUCACCAAGUUAUACUUUUUAGUGAUUGACAUGUACAUUUUAUAGGGGACAUGUUCUGUGUAUAGUGAAUAAAUAACUUUUAUAGUAUCACAAAAUGUUUUGGAUUCCUUAGUUCCUUAUUAGGAUAUGAAGCUUAUUUGCCUAUAUAUAUAUUGAUUCUAUCAUUUUUGUCUUAAUUCUGCCACAUAUUUAAAAUUCAUAGUUAUUCAUCUAAGAAUAUGAAAGUGUUUAAACUUUUAAAGAUUUUGAAAACAAUACACAUAAGGGAGGUAUAAAAUGGAGGUUAUCUUUACCCUUAUUAAUUUCAAACUUGGAAGAUUAUACAGGAAAUAAGUGGCAGAUACUUAGAGUCCAUGAUUUUUCAUUUGGUUCAUUUUUGUCAGUGUUCUGCACUAUUUUUUAGUUAAUUGGGAAAUUUUCUUCUAAUUUAAUGGAAUCUGGGGUUCACUUAGAGGGAAGAUAUAAUAGGUUUAUAAGAAGGAUUAAUUACAGAAAGUAUUUUGUAACUUUUCUAGAUGCAGAGAGAUUAAAUGUGACCCAAGAUUUCACAGUUGUAACUUACCACUUUCCAGGCUGGUACUCCAAGUAUUACUCUUUGGUCAUAUUCCUGUUUACAAAAUCCUGAGAUACUUUGAAAUGGGGAAGCUGUGACCUGAGACAGUGGAGUGGGAGCUGAGGAAUAACCUAAUGGCAUGCUACCGAGAGGUCUAGCAAAGCUUCUAGGAGUCCCCAGGAGUAAACUGUUCUUGAUGGUAAACAAGUACAAUAUAUAGAGCAACCUAUUUGUCUGCAUUCAACUAUUGACGUCUACAAGACAGCCAGUUGCUUAAGAUUCUUUACCUUGGGUUUUUUAUCCUCUGCCCCCUCCAAUAUUGUUAAUGUUUAGUGUGUUACGUUUUUGUAUUCCUAACAGUUGUUUGAGCCUUAUAUUAAAGAUGGGAUUUUUUUUUUUUUUGGUAUGGAAUAAAAGCAAGGCAUGUAAAUUCA